CUAUCUGCUUUUGAAUUUUAAGUACAAAAUUCAGAUAUUACCAAACAUUUACUUUAUCACUGCUUUUUUCAUUCAAGCCGUUCUAUAGUUAUUUGUUUACUUCAAUUAAAUUUAUCUCUCGUUUCAAAAUAAUGACCAGUGAUGACCAGUACCAGUACGGAAAAAUGAACCGACCAAACAACAUGGACAAGUUAGUUUUCAUAUUAUUAUUUAUAUUUCCUGUACUAUAUGGAUAUCCCGAUAAAGAAGAAAUUUUGCGUGAAAUUAAUAAAGAGACCAAAGAACUACUUUUCGCUGACAACAUCCCUAGAAAACUUAUUGAUAUGGUCAAAGGAAUUAAAAAUAUUAAGGAUAAAACGAUCAGAUCAGAGAUGGUUUGUAGAACAUGCGAACAAGUAAUCGAUAAUGUAAUAGAUUUGAGAAAAAGCGAAGCAACCAAGGAUGUGAUGGUCGAUUAUUUGAAUAAACUGUGCAGAGCAUACACCGAUAAUAGUCCAGAUGCUUGCAAGGGAUACGUUAAUAUCGAUAUCGAUUCAGUGCUAUUUAUUAUAGAUCACAAAAAGGACUUUACACCUGCUAGAUUUUGCGCUAUUCGACUACAGCACUACCAAUGUGUAGAUCCAGAUGCAGAUCCGUGGACAAUUCCUCUACCACCACCCCCAUCAAUUACUAACCCAUCUGUUCAUCCUGUGAAUGGUACAAAGGAGAUGCAGGUUCUUCAUUUAACAGACAUUCACUACGACCCUUUGUAUAAACCUGGUAGUAAUGCAAAAUGCGCUGAUCCUCUGUGUUGCGAUAGUGGUACUCCAGCCAACCCUGAAGACGCAGCUGGUUUUUGGGGUGAUUAUAACGUUUGCGACACUCCACUGCAUUCCAUCGAUGAUUUGUUUAGUAGAAUCAAAGAAAAACAUAAGAACUUGGAUUUGAUAUAUUUCACUGGAGAUAUUAUUAGUCACAGGUCUUGGAGUACUUCCAUCCAGGAAAAUCGGGAGGCUAUUAGAUUGGUUUUGCAAUAUUUCGCUAAAACUUUCCCAAACACAACUGUUUUUCCGAUAUUAGGCAAUCACGAAUCUCAUCCAAGUGACUAUUUUUCUCCGGAAGUAACUCUAACCACCAACGUUACAACAGAGUGGAUCUUUGAUCUGGUAGCUCAAGAAUGGUCAAAAUGGCUACCAAACGACACUCAAUCUACUAUCAAACAUGGCGGAUUUUAUACAGCACUGGUUAGACCAGGUUUUAGAAUUGUUGCACUAAACAGUAACGUUUGUUUCACCACUAAUUUGUGGUUGUUAUAUCAAGACAAAGAUCCUUUUGAUCAACUUCUUUGGUUGGUUCAAGUUUUAGCUUUGGCUGAAAAAAACGGUGAAAAAGUACAUUUGCUGUCGCAUGUUCCUCCUGGUGAAGAAUCAUGUCAUAAACAAUGGAGUAACCAAUUUAAAAAAAUAAUUCUUAGGUUCGCUAAAACCAUCACUGCUCAGUUCAAUGGCCACACUCACAUAGACGAGUUUCGACUGUUCCUAGACAAUGAAGAACCUGUGAACGUGGCGUACAAUGGUGCAAGUUUCACCACGUUUGUCGGUUAUAAUCCUAACUACAGGAUAUACCAAGUAGACAGCUCAGAACUGACUGUAACAAACUAUGAUCACUAUAUCUACAACUUAACCAAAGCCAAUGAAAACAGCAAUGUACCUCCUCAGUGGUUCAAACUAUACUCUUUCAAAGAUGCUUACGGAUUAGAAGAUUUAAGUCUCAAAAGUCUAAAAUCUCUGUUCAUAAAUAUGAACACGAACAAUUCUGACAACGCACUAGCCGAAAAAUACUAUAGAUACAGGGGCAGAGAAAGUGAUAGUUAUCUAAAAGAAAAAUGCGACGAUAACUGUAAAAAAACAAUAAUCUGUUGUAUUACUUCAGUUGAAACAAGUACAACUCUAAAUUGUUAAAAUAAAAUACAAGUAUAUUAAUCUUA